AAAUACAUUUCAUUCAAUACAUACGUUCUUUAUGACUGUGGACGUGGCCAUCAACUCCGACGACGUGGCUCCAGCGAUGGCAUCCUACAGGCCUUCAGAAGCAGAUAUGCGGUUUUACUACCUGAGACUCCUCCCGUUCCGUUACGUGUUCCAGUGGUUGAACCAUUCGCCCAAACCCACCAAGGACUUCACCAUGAGAGAAUUUGCCUACGAACAUAGAACCGGCGCGUACCAGCGGUACAACUCGUUCACGUCGCAAGAGGACUUCAAGAACUCAGUGGUGCUGGCAAACCCAACCAGAUUUGAGAUCGGUGCCGUCUACUCGGUGAAUCCCAAAGAAAGGAAGAACUUGCCCAAGAAUGCUUUGAAGCCGUUGGCCAAGGAAUUGGUGUUUGAUAUCGAUUUGACCGAUUAUGAUGAUAUCAGAACAUGUUGUUCUGGGACUGAUAUCUGCAAGAAAUGUUGGAAGUUUAUCAAUGUGGCUACAAAGAUCAUUGACACUGCAUUAAGAGAGGAUUUUGGCUUUAAGCACUUGAUCUGGGUGUUCUCAGGAAGAAGAGGAGCCCAUUGCUGGAUAAGUGAUAAGAGGGCUCGUGAGUUGGACGAGACUGUUAGACGAUCGAUUGUCGAGUACCUUGAUAUUUUGGGGUCAAAGCAAUUAAAAAUGGGCAAACAGUCAUUGAAUUUGAAGAGGCCCUUUCAUCCUCACAUUGAGAGAUCGUUCAACCUCUUGAAAGGAGAUUUCAUCGAGAUCAUCUUAGAGGAUCAGGAUCCUUGGAGAAACAAUCAGGAACACAUCGACGAGUUAUUAUCUUUCAUUCCUGAAAAGUCGUUACAGGAAGACUUACAAAGCCAGUGGAAGGGCAAGUCCAGUAGCUCGAAGCAAAAGUGGGAAGAUAUCAAUGUCACUGCCAGAAAGUUGUUGAAGAAUCAGGUGCAGUUGAAUAUGUUGAACGAAGCUAAAAAGGAUAUUAUUAUCUUCUACUUGUAUCCCAGAUUGGAUAUUGAGGUGUCCAAGCAGGUGAUUCACUUGUUGAAAUCUCCUUUCUGUAUUCACCCAAGCACCGGGAAUAUAUGUGUUCCUUUUGACCCACAUUCCAAUAUCUCAGGCAAUAAGGAUGAUGAUAGCUAUGGAUUCAAUCCAAUGAAUGCCCCCAACUUGCGGAAAUUGCAAGAUGAAUUGGAAAUAUGGGACACCCGCAGGGUAAGUGACUCUAGCCAAACUCUCGCUUCUGAGUACGAUAUUUCAGAUUCCGAAGCUAAUGAUAGAAGGUUAGCUGAUUACGAAAAAACAAGCUUAAAACCAUAUGUGAACUAUUUUGCCAAGUUUGUUAACGGACUAGUGAAAGAUGAGUUGUCCAGUGCUUCCAAGAGAACGAGAGACGAGCUCGAGUUUUGAUUUACGAGCUUGAGUUAUUUAUACGUAAUGUUGAACCAGUUGUAUUUAAUAUAUGGUGCUAUGUGAUUGGGUUUGUUUUAACUUUGGUGCUAUUUUUUUCUAAAAAUUAGUGCUAUGGUACAUUAUAAAUAAUUUGUUCACAUGAUGAUACAAUUGCCUUGCUUCUGAGAGUCAUCCUUGGGGUUGAUGUCGUCCAAGGUUCCACUAUUGUUCUUGAUAAUAAUCGUCUCCUCCUUUGGUACUGUAUCAUCCACAAGCGUGGACAUUUCCGAAUUGUCUUCAUUUUCAUAGUGAUACCACUCCAAAUACUCCAACUCUUUGUUGUACCGGACAACACCCGAACUUAAGUAAAUAUCGUGGUAAUUCAACUUUGGAUAGUGCCAUUUGGGGACGUAUAUAACUGUAGGACAUGAGCCGGUAUCGCCUUUCUGGAUAGACACCGUCAAGGAGAACCUGACGGUUCUCAUAUCAAACUCGGUUGCAAUAAGGUCUCCGCAGCAUGCCACUACGUAUGGUCUGAUAAUAGCACCGGCCGCACGUACUCCGU